UAUCAUUCAUUCAUUCAUGUAAUGAUGUUAACCAAUAGUACGUGGCUGACGAAAUCAAUUAUACCACAGAUGAGGGUUCUCACAUACAUGACAGACACUGCCCCUCUGUAUACAUCGUCCAUCUAUCUUGAGCUGAUAAUUAAGGAAUUACCUUGGUGUCCUAUUAUUCCUCCAAACUGUUACCAAAAUGGGGGGGGGAAAUUUACAAAUCGAUAGCUAAGUAUAACGGACUUAAAAGAAAUCCAAUUACAGCAUCACAUGGGACCACCGCUACUUCUGAGGCGCCGGAAACGGUGAUAUGAAAACUGCUAGUAAUCGAUAUGUUUAUGGUGUGCUAUUCAUAGUAGAAGUCAAUAACCGGGACGCAUUAAACAUAGUUAAGAUGUGGAUAGUGAAAAAGAAGGCUGGCUAACUGACGUGCGGAAGGGAUGAGUGCAGGCUGUACGCCAUGGCAGUCCGCACUUACUAUCGUCCACAUCCCUCUGUGUUUGAUUCGGUCGGAGCGCUCAUCGACAGGUCAACCACGUGGACAUAUAAAAUUUAAAUAACAGAGGUCACCAGCCUGUAUCUCACUCUUCCUACAGACUCGAGGCUUAUACCGACAUCGCACCUUUCCUCGUUCCGACUUGCUCGUCUACUCAACAUGCCGAGCUAAAGAGGUCACAUUUGCCUUCUUUGGGUCACAAGCAGACGACAGCCGAAGCCGCCAUUUUGGGGAAACAGAAAAGCAAGGUGUCACGACAAUGUUUUGAGGCCUAUAGUUCUGCACCGUGGUUGAAACUCCUUGAAGUGACAGAAAGUGCUCCCGACAAGAAGGCUAGGGCCGGGACCCCCGAACAUUUCAUCAUACCAUCUCUCUGACAUUCCGUGGUUGUACCGUCCUCAACAUGCACGUGGAGGAGAUAAUUGAGGAAAUAUGGACGUUCGGACGCUUCCAGAAGAUAAUGCUGGUCACGGUUCUCGGGCCACGUGGUCUGCUAGGCUGGAGCAUGUUGGUGAUGUCCUUCACUGGAACAAUCCCAGACUGGUGGUGCCUCCCCGUGUCUAAAGGGGAUAAUCAUUCCCAAAAUGUCAAUGUCAGCUUCGACAACACAACGUUUCACAAGUGCUACACCGAAGACGACAACGUCACCUGCAGCCGCGAGUAUAGUGAUACCUAUAACACGAUUGUUAACGAGUGGGAUCUGGUCUGCAGCAGGAAGUGGAUCACUCCCAUCAUCACAUCUAUACAGAUGGGCGGGGUUUUCUUUGGGGCACUCGCUGGUGGACAGUCCGCAGAGAUGUUCGGACGUCGGAAGUCCCACUUCGCCUUCAUGCUCAUCCACGCCAUCGCCAACGUCAUUGCUGGCUUCUCUGUGUCAUGGCAGAUGUUUGCAAUAAUCCGCUUCAUCCUGGGCAUCGCAGUCGGAGCUCUACUCGUGGUCAGCUUCACUUACUACAUGGAGUUCAUCGGCAAGAAGUGGCGGUCACUCUGCUCCGGGAUGCCGUUCUGGUCAGUGGGCGUGUGUCUGUUCGCCCUGACUGCGUGGCUGACCCCUGAUUGGUCCAAUCUUCACAUCAUCUGUGGCGUCAUCCACAUCCCCUUCCUGUGUGGAUGGUUCUACACCCCCGAGAGUAUUCGUUGGCUGGCUGUCAAGAACCGUUUAGAAGAGGCGGAAGCGGUUGUCCUGAAAGUGUGCCAGUACAACAAGCGGCCCAAGCCGGAACACACCUUGGGUAUUCUGAAACUGGUUGCGGAUGAAGAGCGAAGACUUGCCCUAGACAAGAAAUAUACCUAUAUAGACAUCUACAGAGGCUCGAAGAUGUGCAGGAUGUCACUCCUCAUUCAGUUUCAGUGGGCAUGCUUAGCGUUGAUCUACUAUGGUAUUCUGUUUGGCGUGGACGCCCUGUCUGGCAACCUCUGUCUCAACAUAUUCCUCCUGAGCGUCGUGGACAUACCUGCCGACAUCGCGACACUCUAUCUCAAUAACAAGUUCGGCCGGAAGUAUACAUGUUUGGGCUAUUUGGUGUUAGGACUCUUCGGCGCCCUUAGCGUCAUUAUAGCGUCCAUUCAUGCACCCCUGGAAAACCGAGGAGUAAUCAUCACCACCCUGGCAAUGGUGGCUAAAGUAGGGGUAGGUUCCGGGUGGACUGCAUUCCAGGUCCUCAGUAGCGAAUCUUACCCAACUGUUAUCAGGAAUCUUGGUUACGGCGCGGCUGGAAUGUCAUCUCGUAUUGGCGCCAUCAUCGCACCAUUCAUCUUUACUCUGGGCGGGAAGGGUGUCCUGAUGCCAUUCAUCGUGGUCAGUGUCACAAUGGCAAUCUGUAUUUUAGUCGCCGCCCUGCUCCGCGAGACCAAAGACUCCCCGCUUGAAGACACCAUCUCGUCUAACCCCGCAAACAAGAAACUCAUGGACCAAGAGGAACUGGAAAAAUUGUAAUUAUCUGCCAAGACCCCCUGUGUAGGCGGAAGAAAUCAUGACAAGAUGACUGUUUAAACAAAACACAAUUGCCUUUGUGUGAUCUGUGGAAUCAAAACAUAUUGACUCCUGACAAACUAAGAACAAACACUGUGUACGGACAUGACAAACUAAAGAGCGACAAUGACUUGACAAAUUAAGAAAGAGUAAUAUGUAAGGAUUUGACAAAGUAAAAACAUGUGCUGUCAAUGACUUGUCAAAAUAAGAAACAGUACUCUUUGAGGAUUUACAAAGAAGCGAAUACUCUAUGAGGACUUGACAAAUUAAAACAAGUACUCUCAAUGACUUGACAAGAAAAGAACGAAUACUCUUUGAGGAUUUACUAAGGAGCGAAUACUCGAAAAGGACUUGACAAACUAAAAACAAGUACUCUCAAUGACUUGACAAAUAAAGAAAGAAUACUCUGUGAGGAUUUGACAAAGGAAGGAAUACUCUAUAAGGACUUGACAAACUAAAAACAUGUACUCUCAAUGACUUGACAAGAACAGAACGAAUACUCUUUGAGGAUUUACAAAGGAGCGAAUACUCGAAAACGACUUGACAAACUAAAAACAAGUACUCUCAAUUACUUGACAAAUUAAGAAAGAAUACUCUGUGAGGAUUUUACAAAGCAGCGAAUACUCUACAAGGAUUGACAAACUAACAUUCAGUACUCUCAAUGACUUGACAAAUUAAGAAAGAAUACUCUGUGAGGAUUUUACAAAGCAGCGAAUACUCUACAAGGAUUGACAAACUAACAUUCAGUACUCUCAAUGACUUGACAAAUUAAGAAAGAAUACUCUGUGAGGAUUUUACAAAGCAGCGAAUACUCUACAAGGAUUGACAAACUAACUUUCAGUCCUCUCAAUGACUUACAUAUUUUUAUUUUCUCCAGUGUGAGGAGUACAAGGGCAUCAUAGUAUACAGACAAUAAAAUAAUUACAUAUUGUUUCUCAAGCAAUAGUAUGCACAGUUAGUACCAGAUCUGGGCGUUCGUGGAACAGUUCUCAUAUUCAUGUGACACCAACAGAUCUCUGGUAGUAUCUGUUGGCUAUGCGGAACACGUACUGCACAGACUGCCGCGAAAGUGUCUCUGUCAUCUGUGCACAGAUUAAAGCUAGUCACACAGGAUAACAUGCGCAUGGAUUAAAAAAGGAGCGAAUACUCGAAAAGCACUUGACAAACUGAAAACAAGUACUCUCAAUGACUUGACAAAUGAGGAAAUAAUACUGUGUGAGGAUUUACAAAGGAACGAAUACUCUAUAAGGACUUGACAAACUAAAAUCCAGUACUCUAGAUUACUUGACAAAUUAAGAAAGAAUAUUAUGUGAGGAUUUGACAAAGCAGCAAAUACUCUGUAAGGACUUGACAAUUUACUAACGAGACUCAAUGGCCUAAACAAUUAAGAACGAAUACUAUGUAAGGAUUUGGCAAGCUAAAACCGAAUGCUCUCUGUGACAUGACAAAAUAAAGAAAGAAUACUCUGUGAGGAGUUGACAAACACAGGAGCGAUUACCAGAGGACUUUACAAACAAAGGAGCGAAUAGUCUCAGAGGGCUUUACAAACAAAGGAGUGAUUAUCAAAGGGCUUUACAAACAAAGGAGCGAUUACCAGAGGACUUUACAAACAAAGGAGCAAAUACUCUCAGACGACUUUACAAAGGAGUGAUUACUCUGAAAUGACUCGACGAACUAAGGCAACGUUGUGGAAUAAACCGGGUAAAACAUGACCUAAUUGAAGAGCGAUUCUUCGGAAUUACAUAGCUGAAUGAAGUACAUAUAUCUGUGAAUGGAACUUUGUGAAGGACACUGCGUGAGCAACAUGUGAAAACUUCGUGAGCAUUCAUCAGAAUUAUUUGAACAUCUCUUUUAUGUUAUCAUCUGAACGUUGCCUUCGAGGGCAAGGUUUCCAACCAACAUGAUGUUAAUACACUAUCUUAGUCAAUACUAGUAUCUCACAUGUUCAUAUGAUGUUUAUGCAAGCUGAAAGGAAUUCCCCAUCGUACAUAUUCUUCCUGGGAUGAAUGGCCAUCCUACCCUUUAGUAUCUCAACCCGGUGGGAAUGGGUGAGGUUUGCGUGUGUGGAGUCGUAAGGUGAUGAGAUUGUUAAGACUAUUACAUAUUGUUGUCCACCCGCUCUUCCUCUAUACACGUAACGUUUUCCAUGACAUCGCCCCCUAUACCCAUACAUGUUAAUGUCCCUCUCCUUUCGAUGUGUUAUUUUUACACAACCCGAACCGCCCUCGUCCCAAUUUUCACCACCCCGAUCUUCUAUAAUUUUGUAUUUCGACACAUUGUUACCCUUCACAGGCGUUUUCCUGCCGGAAGUUUUGCAACAAAUAUAUAUUAUGUACCCUGGUUAUUCACCUCUGCUGACUCUUCCUCUUCCUUGCGAUGGCCAUGCUAGGGCGUGGAGUGACACGCGGUGUGACAGUUUGAGUGACAGUACUGCUUCAGGGUAUAUAGGUAAAUUUGGGAGAACAAAGCUCGAUUGUUCUCGCAAGUAUUUCUGUGCCCUCUUCCUGCUUCUCCACCUGUGUUAAAGCUCGGAAUGUAUAUAAGCUUCACUUUUUACUUAUUCCCGGUCAUGAGUGUAAUUCUUGUUUUAUAUGCAACUCAACAACAUACACUGUACGGCUGGAGACGUUUACCAGCAGGUAUUUAUUGUAUUCAAACUGACGAACUUCCGCAGGAUCAGCACAUGUGAACACUUGAUGUAGCUCUGUUUAAGCACUGUUUAUAUAUAUAUAGUUUCUUGUCCUGUUUCGUAAAGAUAAACAUUAGCUCACAUCAAUCCCGAUCACCUCUUGUUUUACCUGGAGGUUUUUUGUACUUGUACUUGUUGAAAGAUCUCCAAUGGAUGCUCGCGAGACCACUCAUGCAGACUGAAUGUGUAAUUGUACCACCGGAGCUCUGAAGGAGGCUAUAACAGUAUUUAAAGACAGUGGUAUAUCUACAACAACUCGACUUUUUGAGUACACCAUUUCAAAUGUCCAAAUGACACAAAAAUUAAUAAAUAUCAAAUUUUUUUUUGAUUUUUGUUUACUGCACUACUAAUAUUCAUUUUAAGACUGUCGUCACAAUAUGGCUGAAAUAUUGCGUGUUUUAGGUGAAUUUACUCAAUUACCGAUCGACUUAUCCGACUUCGAGAUAUGGAGUUUCCGCUCCCCUUUGCUGAUAUGGAUAGUGUGAGAUUUGAAGGUGAUGGGAUUUGUGUUUAGAGAGAAACCUCUGUGUCAGGUGAAGUAACCUGGUCAAUAUUGUCUAUAUUACAAAUACACAUGUACACAUGUAUUUUUAACAUGUAAUUUUCCAUAUUGGGAUUAUAUGCACGGAAUAAUGUCUCUUGUCAUAUGCAAAUAUAAGUACAUAUAAUACUAAGUGUUGUUCAGAGCGCGACAAGGUUGCUACAAUGUCACAUUCAACCUUGAAGAAAUAGGGCGCUUGGCAGCGAUAAGCCAUGUGGACCUGAUUUUUUAAAUAUACUUUAAAGGUUUGCAUCCUUACCUGUACGAAAGCUUUAUGAAAUCACUGAACUACGCAUUGUUAUUAAGUGUUGCCAAAAAUUCUCAACGUUAAGUACAAUAAGAUGUAUUUCUGCUGUAAAACUAUAGGUUAGUCAAGUUUUGCUGAUCAGGAAAUACCGCCAGUGUGUAGGUAGGCGACGUACAUUUGAUCUCACCAUUGUGAUGUUAUUAAGCGUUAGCGUCGCCAUUACAGUCAAUAGAUGGAACGUUUGAUUUGUUCAUUUUUAUGCAAAUUGUUUGAUUAGCGGGCAAUACCGGUAGGCAGGACAUGAUUAUCCUUUUCGCGAACACCUGGUGUCCCCCUUUUACUCGCAACCCAGACAACAAAGGGGACCUUUCCACGAACGCGCUGCUUAGUUAAACCCACCAAGAACUUUUCUGAGAAUGUGAAGACUCCCCCAAAACUGAAGCCAUUGUAUUACCCAGGUUGUCAGAAGUGCUGUGUUCCUUAUUGAAAAACAGGUACUCUCCCAAAGAAGGUCAAUAGAUUGGCAGCUACCAAACCUAAGGCACCAAGAACAAUGGAGAGAGGUGCAAAAUUGUACUUGGGAUGCAAUCGUGACAUUUCGUCAGCUAGGUGCACACAUUUGCCAUACUUUUCCUGAAUCUUGCAUUUGUCAGUCGUAUUCGUGUUAAUCACGACACUGAAUUCAUUGAUACCAAUGAUUUAAAUAGAUCUAUAAACGACAUCGAGAUCGGGUUUGUCUUCCUUGGUCUUAUGCCGUGUUCGGGCCUAUUCCAGUGAUUUAUAUAUUCUUCUUCCUAUUGUUAUUCUUAUUAUCAUUCAGACAAUUGAGCUAUUUGAGCCUGUCGAAACAACCAUGAAACUACACGUACUGCCAUGAACAAGCCUGCUGAAACAGACGAAUAUCUAACACGGCUGUCAUUUGAAAUUAGAUAACGUACUUAUUGAUCCUUUACGAGAUCACUUACCUUGGUCGAAGUCCUGCAUGAAUGUGAUCAUCGGGCGUCAGGGUCUCCAAGACGCA